AUAUACAAUAAUCAUAGCCAUUGACAUCUCAACCAACUAGGUCUAAGACAAAAUGGAUCUACAUAGUCUAUAUAUAAACACUCAUAGCUAGUAGUCCUGUGUUUUUGAACCAAAGUGUUUAUAAAACCUCUUUCAUCUGACUGUCUAGCUUUUUGGACAUCUUGAUCUUUAGUCUUCUCCGUUGUUGAGAGAUGCUCAGGCUACCGAGCUCUUCGUUUCUGCUCCUGACCCUCUGGUUCUUCUUGUAUUGUUCCGGUUUGGUUCACGUGGUGGUUCGAGCCCAAAACCGAACCGUACCCACUACUCAUCCGGACGAAGCGCGAGCUUUGAACUCCAUCUUUGCGGCUUGGAAGAUACAGGAGCGGAGUAAAUGGAACAUCAGCGGCGAACUUUGCACCGGGGCCGCCAUCGACCCCAAUGUCCUCGACACCAACACUGCAUUCAAUCCUCUCAUCAAAUGCGACUGUAGUUUCGAAAACUCCACAAUCUGCCGCAUAAACAACAUCAAGGUUUAUGCGUUAGAUGUUAAAGGACCUAUACCUCAAGAGCUCUGGACUUUGACAUUCCUCACCAAUCUGAACCUAGGUCAAAAUUUUCUCACAGGCUCACUGCCUCCUGCAAUUGGAAACCUGACUCGAAUGCAGUGGAUGACUUUUGGGAUCAAUGCCUUGUCUGGCCCUCUCCCUAAGGAAAUCGGUUUGCUUACAGAUUUAAGAUUACUUAGUAUUGGUUCAAAUAACUUUUCCGGUUCUAUACCAGCUGAGAUUGGGAGUUGUACCAAACUACAGCAAAUGUACGUAGAUAGUUCUGGACUCAGCGGGGGAAUACCUUUAUCGUUUGCUAAUUUUUUGGAUCUGGAACAAGCUUGGAUUAUGGAUCUGGAACUUACAGGUCGGAUACCAGAGUUUAUAGGAAACUGGACUAAACUUACUACCUUGAGAAUUGUCGGAACUGGUUUGAGUGGUCCAAUACCGUCAUCAUUUUCCAGAUUAAUUUCUUUGACAGAACUGAGGCUUGGUGAUAUAUCCAAUGGAGGCUCUUCUCUUGAUUUCAUCAAAGACAUGAAGAAUCUAAGUACACUAGUAUUAAGGAACAACAAUCUCACUGGGACAAUACCGUCUACUAUUGGAGGAUACUCAAGUUUGAAACAAGUUGAUUUGAGCUUCAACAAACUACAAGGACCAAUUCCGGCUUCACUUUUCAACUUAAGUGAACUUGCUCUCUUGUUUCUGGGAAACAACACGUUGAAUGGAUCCUUGCCCACUCAAAAGGGGCAGUCUCUGAGCACUGUAGAUGUGUCGUACAAUGAUUUGUCGGGAAGUCUUCCUUCAUGGGUCAGCUUACCAAACAUGAAAGUCAAUCUUGUUGCUAACAACUUCACGUUGGAAGGUCUAGACAACAGAGUUUUAUCAGGACUAAAUUGCCUGCAGAAGAACUUCCCCUGCAAUCGAGGCAAAGGAAUCUAUUUUAACUUUUCGAUCAACUGCGGAGGCCCAGAGAAAAGGUCUGUUAGCGGUGCACUAUUUGAGAAGGAGGACGGGGAUCUUGGACCAGCUUCGUUUGUCGUGAGUGCUGCUAAGAGAUGGGCAGCCAGUAGUGUAGGAAAUUUUGCCGGAAGUAGCUAUAAUGUAUACAUAGCUAAUUCAAUGGCACAAUUUACCAACACUGUGGACUCAGAGCUCUUUCAGUCAGCAAGACUCUCUGCAUCUUCCCUAAGGUAUUAUGGGUUGGGGCUAGAAAAUGGAGGCUACACCAUAAGACUUCAGUUUGCCGAAAUACAAAUUGUAGGUUCUAACAGUUGGAAAGGUACUGGAAGACGACGUUUUGACAUUUAUGUCCAGGGAAGACUUGUUGAAAAGGAUUUUGAUGUACGCAGAACAGCUGGUGACUCUACUCUUCGAGCUGUUCAGAGAGAAUAUAAAGCAAAUGUAUCAGAAAAUCACCUCGAAAUUCAUCUUUUCUGGGCUGGAAAAGGAACAUGCUGUAUUCCUAUCCAAGGUGCUUAUGGGCCAUUAAUAUCGGCCGUCAGUGCAACACCAGAUUUCACACCAACUGUUGGUAAUAGGCCACCAUCAAAGGGAAAGAACAGGACUGGUACUAUUGUGGGUGUCAUUGUUGGCGUUGGACUUUUGAGCAUCUUUGCGGGUGUGGUUAUCUUCAUCAUUCGAAAAAGAAGAAAGCCGUACACAGAUGAUGAAGAGAUACUUAGUAUGGACGUAAAGCCAUACACCUUUACUUACUCGGAACUUAAAAGUGCAACACAAGACUUUAAUCCCUCAAACAAGCUUGGAGAAGGUGGGUUUGGGGCUGUUUAUAAGGGAAACCUAAAUGAUGGACGAGAGGUCGCGGUGAAGCAGUUAUCAGUUGGAUCACGGCAAGGAAAGGGACAAUUUGUUGCAGAAGUUGUAGCAAUUUCUGCAGUUCUACAUCGCAACCUAGUAAAACUUUACGGAUGCUGCUUUGAAGGAGAUCAUCGUUUGCUCGUAUAUGAGUACCUCCCUAAGGGAAGUCUCGAUCAGGCAUUAUUUGGGGAUAAGACUUUACAUCUUGAUUGGCCAACCCGUUAUGAGAUAUCCAAUGGUUGGAUUCAAGAUCAAGGAGGGAAGAUGAAAAUGUUUCCUCUCGAUAAUUGGUAUUAGCCUAUAGAUAUGUUUCUGUUAUGGAAGAUGACAGUUUUCUUCUAUAUGUACUGGAGAAACAGAUUCCACUUCCAUUCAAUAUAAUAGUAAUUUAAGAGCUCUGAGUUAAAUGA